CAGACAUAUUGUGAGCAGGCACAAAAAGGUGCUCAUCUGGUACAUGUAAACGAUUGGGAAGAAAAUAACUUUAUCACGGGUAUGCUCCGUCAACUUAAAGAUCAGAACUGGUGGUUAGGCCUGGCAGAUCGUGAAACAGAAGGCAGCUGGAAAUUGGUGGGUACAAGCACUUCCCCAGUCUUUGCCAAUUGGUCCCCAGGCGAACCCGAGUCUGCCGGGGGCAGGGCAAACGAGGACUGUGCAGUGUUCUACAAGUCUGACUCGUUUAGAUGGAUUGACGUCAGUUGUAGUUCCAGCUACUAUCCAGUCUGCGAAAAAUGAGCGGAAAGAGCACGUAAUAGAGCGGACAUACAGAAUCAGUAGAUUUUUAUACACACGGACAUAUAAAUCAGUCAGCUUUUUGUCGGUCUUUUGAAAUCCGCCUUAUUGUUUGUUAAUUCUUUAUAUAGUAUACAAUUAUUGAAUGGUUUGUUGGCAAAUAGUUAAAACUACAGUUCUGACUUUUGGCAGGAAAGCCAUUCAAUAAGUGCCUUCUUCCAAAUUUUCAUAUUUUUCUCAGUGUUGACUUUAGCACAGCAAAAUAUAGCGUUGAAUAACAGACAGGUCACAUGGACCGGUGAUUCGCAUUAUUACAUGACUUACUUAAAUUACCGGUUCUUAGUAUGUGUUAUUAAAUGGUCUUAAAUUUAACACUGAAUUUUGUUGGCUGAAGUAAAAACUUGAAGAAAACAAAUAUGUCUUUUGUUCACAGGAGAUAAUUCUUGAGGCUAUUCAAAUUUUGAAUAAGUGACUAAGUAUAUCCUUUUCUUCUCAGUACUCUAGAUAAUCAGAGCCAAGACUGAUGAAGUCAGAAUGUAUAACAGAAUUAUAUUUUUCUAUGACAAGUCGGUAGCCAGACUAAUAACCCUUUUUUACUUGUAUAUUUCAAUUAACCAAUUUAAACAUUUUUUACUUAUAGCAGGACCAGCCAUCUUCUAGCAGUUAAGUCUGAAUUUUGAUAUGUAAUUAGAUAAAAUUGUAACAAAGACAGAAAAUGAAGGACGAGGGAAUUAAACAAAAUACCAGCUUUGUCUUUUUGAAAGGACUUAUCCAAUGUGGCUAGGUUUACAUAACAAGAAAACAAUAUAUUAUUUUUGUUUUGUUUUCUUUUGAAAUUUAAAUUCAAAUCCGUGAAAACGACAUACAUGUAGUAGAUCUUUCUGUAGCAUAAGUCAAAUAAAAGACUUUUCAACAACUCUUAUAUAUGUAAGCUAUAAUGCAGUUCAUUAUAAUUUAAAAAUUAGUAAUCUAUGUUACAUCUAUAUUAGAAACGAGUUUCAGUUUCUAUUUGAAGAAGACAUUUUCUUAAAACCAAUGUCAUACAGGACUAAAUGUCAAAUGUUUACCAAAGAAACAGGAUGAGUGUAAUGUAUAGUGUAAAAGUUUGUAUGCCAGAAUAGAAAAUGUUUGUAAAAGAAGUUUCUACUUAAUGUUCUCUUUCAAUAAACAUUGUAUACAGCAAGGACAAUUUGUUUCUAUGCUUUUUGUUGACUCGCUGAUUGUUAUACAUUUUGUAAUUACUAAUUGUAAUACAUUUUGUUGUGACUUGAGAAAAAUUAAUGAAAGUGACAAUGAAAUAGAAAUUAGUAGAUGUUGACAGCUUAACAUAAAUUGUAUGUGUUACUAAUAAACUUACUGUUCGGCAAA